CUGCCACUCUCAUUCAUCCUUUUCCCUCUCUCCCCUUCUCUACACCCGUCUCUGCUUCCAGUCAUUCACAAGUGGAGGAUGACACCACCUGCAGCCAGAUGAGAGGACAGCGGAGUCAUCCAUUUAACUGAGCAAAAUAACCAUCAUUGUGUGGCAGCAAGACUGGCUGAGAACUCCAUGAUGGGAUACUUUAAGUCAGGAUUGCAAAGGACUUCAUCGAGAGCACAUGUUUCCUCACUGCUGGACUCUUUGAUGCCGAUGGCCAAUGUCUAAUGGCGUCACUUUGUUGUCAAGCAAUAAAGCACUGAGUUAAACACCUGCCAGGUGGAUAAUUUGACUUAAUUCCCCCUUAUUUAAUCUAGUUAAUGACUUGGCUUUAUCCUGUGGCCUAGUUUAGGCAGACGCACCCCAAGUGUCUACCUGAGGCUGACCUCCUGUUUUAUGGAGGCCUUGCAUAGCUGCCUAACGACUGGGGAGCAGCCCAGAGGCCAAGAACACUGUCAACCAGAGUCUCCUCAGCCAGGCCGCCAGCCCAAGUCUCCCUCCCAGCAUCAUCAGGAAACUGUUUCCUCAAAGUCGCAUGGCUCACAGCAGCAACCCACACAGUUCAGACGUCAGAAACCUGAACGUAAACGCCUCAGGCGCCAGCGACAGAGCAUUGACUCGGAUACAGUUUUGGAGCAGAAACAGGAGGCACCAGCACAAACAAAGCCAGGAGUCUUGUCGUCUUCAGGAGGUACCCUUACCCAGUCGAAAUCAGAAACCCAUGAGGACAGCGCAAAGCAGAAAUGUGAGCGCAAGCCUCAGAGACCUGGGAAAUAUGUUUGCACAUACUGUGGCCGUGCAUGUGCAAAGCCCAGUGUCUUACAGAAACAUAUUCGCUCCCACACAGGAGAAAGGCCCUAUCCAUGUGCUCCAUGUGGAUUCUCUUUUAAGACCAAGAGUAACCUGUACAAACACCGCAAAUCACAUACCCACAGAGUGAAGGCAGGUCUAGCACUUGGGGAACCAAAAUCUCUGGAUGACCAAGUGACUGAGUCAGAGGAUGAAACAAGACAGCUAUCAUCAGCUUCAGCCCUGACAGAUAGACAAAGCAGCAUAGCCUCAAUGAAGGGUUAUGAAGCGGACGGGGCGAAAGAUUGCACUGGAGGAAGCAGUGACUCCCAUGCAGUGAAAAAGAGGUUGGCCCUGCGUUUGAGCAGAGGAAAACAUGCUCCUCAAGACUCAGCUGAUGAAAAGACCUCAUCUCUAACAUCAGGGAGUAGAGGCAGUACAGAAUCUGGCUAUUUCUCCCGCUCUGAAAGUACUGAACAGUCCCAAGAUGGUGCCCCGAAUACAAGUGCCAAAAGCUAUGCAGAGAUUAUCCUUGGUAAAUAUGGACGUCUUGGUCACCUACAGAGGAUGUCUCGUCAUCAUAACCAACAUCCUUCUGGUCAGGAAGAGAAGAACAUCUCAUUCACUGUACCCAAGAAACAGGUCAUUGACCAUAUCACCAAACUCAUCACUAUCAAUGAGGCGGUGGUGGACACCAGUAAAAUCGACAGUGUAAAACCAAGGAGAUUCUCACUCUCAAGAAAAAACAGUUCAGAGUCUCAGAAGAACUCAAGUGUCAAAGAAACACUCAUUCACAGCCCCAAAGCUGGAGAUGUGAGCUAUAAAAGUACUGGCUCCAUCAGCAUGGGAGUUCCAUGUGAAAAAUUCAAUCAUCCAUCUUCAAGUGUGGAGAAGCCAACUGGCCAAAUACCCACUUCUUGUCUUGUACGAAGUCACUCGAUGCCGUCUGAAGCUAGUUCAUUUGAUUCCUCAUGUGGUCGCUCUAGCAAAUUCCGCUUAAGCCAGUCCUUUGAUGAUCGGCAGCCUUCUGAAACACAGACAUCCCGUCGUUUUGGAACGCUGAGACGGCAGCCAGCUAUUGAAAUCUCAUUUGGUGCCGACCUUACGAAAGAGGAUCACGAGGUUUCUCCCUCAUUUUUCCCCAACAGCAUAACCUCUGUGCCUGACCAUAAGCAACAUCUACUACAGCCAUAUGAGUGUGAGACCUGUGGCACUGGAUGCAAGGAUUGGGAAGGUUAUAAGAAACACAAGCAACGUGUGUGCCUUGCUCAUAACCCUGAAAAUAAAGUGGUAAUUGGUCAAAUGGAGUGCUCACAGCUAGAUAAUCAUACAGCCAGGGCAGGCGCUUUGACAGUUCGUAAGAGAAGAAAAGAAGAGAGUUUUGAGUUUGAUGACCCUUCUUCUCCUUCCUCCUCAACCCUUUUAUCCGGACACAGUAAAAGUGAAAGAAGGCAUGCAAUUCAAACCUGUUCAGUAAUUCAACACACCAGUUCAUUUGAAAAACAAGAAUCUUUGUCUCACGAGAAUCUACAGAAAAUACAGAACUCACUACCUGAUGAGGAACAUCAAUUGGUUCUGAAGAAACCACACCAACAGCAAUCGGCAAAGCUUACUGCCCGGAAGCUGAUUCGUCAAAACAAUGUUCAGGUUCCAGAAAUUCUGGUGACGGAAGAUUUCAGCAUUAGUUCAGAGAUCUCAACAGAGCCAACGCCAACCACAAGAAAUUUGGAGAAACUUGACGAAUUUCAGUGGCCACAGAGGAGUCCUUCUCUGGCACAGCUUCCCAUUGAAAAACUUCCACCAAAGAAAAAGCGUUUACGUCUAGCUGAGGCUGCGCAGUCCUCAGGGGAUUCCAGUUUUGACUCUAUAUCUUUGCCACACAGCCCCAGUCAGGAUAGCACUGCAUCGUGUGCAUCCAGUCGUUCCACGUCUUUUGAAGAACCAAAUAGACCAGAUAUGGAGAUGGCAACUUCAACGCCCCUGAGGAGAUCAAGAGCUCACCCCAUGUUGACGGUGCCUGGGGUGCAUCAGCACAGAGAAAUGAGGCGCUCAGCAUCUGAACAAGCCCCUCACGACUCUCUACCAAGUGUCCUAAUGGGCGAGACCCGCAGUAAGUCGUUUGACUACAGUUGUCUGUCCCCUGAACGUUCUGUAGUUGGCUGGAGGGAAAGAAGAAAAUGCCUCCUCAUGAAACAUGCUGCAAUUACAGAUCGAAAUGAGGAGCUGGAGGAAGAGAAUGUCAGGCUCAGGCAUAGCCCCGAACACGUUAGAUCUUCUCAAGCAAGGCCAACUUGUCAUACGACCUCCUCCUCCUCAGGUGGGGGAAUCUCAUGUGAUCCCAUAGACUCGCAGCACAAGGAAAUUUUCUCUCAGUGGAAUCUUAGUCAAAAUAUUUGUUUAAUGGGUGACACAGAAGUGUCGAGCACCCAUGUCCCUUCUUCAGGUGUAACAAAGAAGGCCUCAUGCAUCCAAGCACCACAACCCAGUCCAACACAUGGACCAUCAGGGGCUGCCAGAGCGCUCUAUCUCCCUUUGUCUACAGGGCUAAAGUUAGAGAUUCCCUCCCAACAUGGGGACUAUUCAGAGGUUCAAAGCAAUCAGCACUCUGUCCCUCACAUCACUUCCAGUUUUGAAAUACUGAGGCCACUCUCAUCAACAGCUGUAGCAGUGCGUCUGCAAACAAACACGCUCACCCCCGCAUGUGCUAUAUACACUACAUUGUCUCAGUCCACCUCCCCAAGGCCCCAGGAGGCAAUUUGCGCCAUCUCACCCAGUAUAGGUGCUUCAGCUGCUCCAUACAGAAGCCACAGAAACAUGAGUUCAGAUAUCCAAAAAUGGUCUGGCGAGCUUAAGUUAUCAGGUUCAGGAGGAAGUAAGCGCAUGCUUUCCCCUUCAAACAGUAUAGAGUUCCAUCCUGAGUCACAGCAGCAACAGAAAAGAGUAAAAGAAGAGGAGGAAAAGAAGGUGGGGUGUACCGAAACAGCAACAGUUGACAGAUCCAACCAAGAAAUCAAACUGGAGAAUCAAUCAUGUUUACCAGAAGUUGGUUGUUCAGUCUCAUCUGUUGAAACCUCGUUCCCCAGUCUGCUGUCCGGCACCUGUAACAGCUGGUGCUAUUUGAACUAUAUCAAACCAAAUCCGUCCGCUCUGGGUGAAGGGAAGCCCUCAGUUUAUUCCUCGUGGUCUACCAGCAGCUAUGAUCCCAAUCCACCUGGGCUCUCCAGCAAGAUGGCAAUCUCCCUCCUGCAUUGUAAGCAGAGGCUCAGUCCUUCCAUUUACACCACAUCCCCCAUGUCAGUCAGGAAAACUGAGUCAGUGGAGCAAGAGGACAAGAGAUCCUGCUCCCCUGAGAUCUACGACAAUCCGCCCGACUGCAGAGAGCACGACAGGACAGAGAAGGACCUGCGGUCAGCAGAUGACAACAGGGAUGGCGAAGGGGAGGAGAAGGAGGAGUUAGAACGGCCGGAGGAGGAUGUCCAGUCAUGCUCCAGAAACCAAAAAUCUCCUGAAGAUUGGAUCUCAGAGAACAGAUCAAAUGCAGAAUACAAGGAUGUUCAUGGUGGAGGGGAAGGGAAGGGUCCACGUGAAACCUGCAAGAAUGCUAGCGGGCCGCCUGCAGAACCCCCCCCACGCAGCUGUGGCUGUAGCAGCACCUCCACACCCACAGUGAGUCGUGUUGAGCUCAUGAGACCUGAGGCCCAUGAGAAAGAAACCAGCAGUCACCCAGAAGACGCGCAUGAAGGCGUCUCUGAGGACCACUCAGUUAUUCCAAAUCAACAGAAAGACGAUCAGCGCUUUGGUCUAGGGAACGCCGCAGCUCAUGGAGAUGACGAUGGAAAGGACAAGCGAGGAAGACGUUCUGACCACAGCAGGUCCGCGGUGGCUGGAAGGCCUUACACGGACGGUGAGGAAACUCCUCUAGGAACCCUGCUGACGGAGUCUCCCAGCACUUCAUCCCCCGUGGUUCCCUCCAGGAGGAGCUCAGCCAGCGCCAGGAGGGCUUUGUUCGCCUGCAGAAGCCUUGAUGCUUCAGCAUCAGCGUCCUCUGGAGGUUCCCAGUCUUCAAGCUCUCAUUCCCUCAAUCCACCCAGGGAGUUAUCUCCAGCUCCUAGCCCAUCGGCCGGCCCCUGCAAGCCCUCUGCUCCUCCUCCAUCCCCCCCUUCAUCCCUCCCUCCACCCACUCGUCAGGCCUCUCCUCCCCCACGGACAGGAACCUCCUUCAGCCAGAUCCAGCACUUGGCCUCUCCUGGGUCUCCUGGCUCUCCAGCAGAUAUCUCUACUCGAUGUCAAGCCCGUCCUUAUCCACCUCCAGCAAUCCAGUCUGCAGACGAGGUAGGCCUGGCGCUCAUCCACCCGCAUCCACCAAGGCUGCGAGGAGCCACCAACCCCCUGAGUCACCUCCCUCUGCACUCGCAGCAGCCUGGCCGGUCCCCGAGCCUCCUGAUCCCCAUCGGGGGCAUCCACAUGGUCCAGCCCCGCCCUCCUCUCCCGGUGUACAGCCUGGUGUGCAGCCAGGCAGCAGCAUCCAGCAGGAGGACGGACACGGCAGCGGAGAGGCUCGCUGCACCACAGCAGCAGCAGCAAGACGGCCUCAAGGAGGCGCUGCCGACCUCCAGAGUGCCUGCAGGACAAACGGCUGCAAACGCCGCGUUACAGAGGCAACUACCGUGUCUGGGACCCGAGGGGGGAACCGAGGGGGGACGCACAGAGUCACCUGGCAGAGACAGAAAUGUUUACACGGAGAGCAGUCGCGGUCGGGGAAAGGCUCCUCUUCCUCCUCCUCCUCCUCCUCCUCCUCAGGCACAACUCUGAUAGGAAGGAGAGGUUGACAGGACAGUCCAACAUGCCUGAAAACCAGAGUGAGGAUGGAGAACUUCCACCUAAAGACGAGAGCACUAGAGCACUGCUUCUGAAUGAUGCUGUUAUGUAACUAUAUGAAUAUUAUAUAUAAAUGUCGGCACUAUGUUAAAUAUGCAGUAUGUUUUGUAAAUCUUUUUUACCCUCUUGUUUGAUGUCAUUUGUGUUAAUUUAUUUCUGUGCUAUUAUGCAAAUUCUGUACUAUAUGCAAAAGCAGCUGGAAUGAAAAAAGUUCAGAUUAAUUACACAAUUGACAGCUCUGAUAUACUGUUGCUGUAAUAAUGUACUGUAUUAGAGAAAAGUACCACGAAUAUUUAUUCACUCUGACGAGUAUUUUCAAGUGCAAUUUUACAUCAGGAUUGUGGUUUGAAAUGUCAUUCACAAAGCUGUGAUCAUUAUUAUUAUUACUAUUAUUAUUAUUAUUAUUAUUAUUAUUAUUAUUAGUCAGGUUUUUGUUGUUGUUUUUGUGUUUUGAGGAACAGGGUUAUGAUCAGCUUUUUCUUUUGGAAAAGAAGUUUCACAUCAAAACAUCUUAAGUGCACUGGCAAGUUAUCUGAUGUCAGCUGGGAACCUGUUUCAUGUACAUGGUAGCUAUGGUACGUCUCAUCUCAUUAGCCAUGAACGCACACGUAUCCCUGUGUUGCUGUUUUUUCUAAACGAUAGAAUCACGUGGUCAUUUUCAUGUUUGCCAUUAAACGUCUCAUUUUUACAGAUUUAUAUUAAAA